CGUUCUAAUCAUCGUGUGCGAAAUUGUUUUCCAUCUACGUAGUCUCAUGCUUAUUUCUGGCACAUCGCCAAUCGUUCUGUUGCCGUGAGAAUUACAGAAGCAACAGUAUUCAAUGGGUAGAGGAAGGAACAGGCGGGAACUAGAAAGCAGCGCAUUAACUAUCAUACAAGAACCGCCAUCUUUUCCAUCGACGUUUUCUCUUCGAAAUGGUAGAUCACAAAUGACGACGAUGAAUGGAAAGAGACCAUCCUCAAUUCCAUCACGACAUCAACCCGAAACUUUAACUCAACAUUUUGACCUAAUUAAGUAUAUCUAUGACUCAUGGAAUACAGUAUCUAGAGAGUUGGAUAUGUGUCACAACCAACCACACAGCAAUUCUUCAAAUUAUAGGAAUGGGGCAUCUGUCACAUAUUAUCAAGAACGAGAACCGAAUCCACAGUUGAAAGAUUUCGAGCCGUUUAAUCUUGAAACUUGGUGGGGACAACGAGUCGUUCAAAGUAUUACUAGGAAUACAAACUCCUAGUGCCAGGCCCGACAUGUUGACUACAAUCGAACAUUCUCAAACAGACAUAAGAAACAGAAAAGAUAAAUUCAGAAGAAAAUUUUUUCCUUUUCUAGAAACAAUUUAUUGUAUACUCAAAAGUAAGUGACAAGAGA